GCCAAAUACAAAGUUGAAUUAAACAUGCAACUUGUAUGACAAGAAAAAUAAUCCAAAACUCAUACUAUAAAUUAGAGACAAUAUAAACAUUUGAAUCUUGAAGUUUCCCGCCAUAAUAUUAUAUCCACCAGCAACAAUGAGCAAGCUGAUGAUUCAAACCACCCACCCAAUUCUAAAUUUGAGGCACCCAUCUUUCGAAUCGUUCAUUUGGAACACUCUCAUUCGAACCCAAUCUCAAUCCAAUUCAUCUUGCUCCACUAAUGCCAUUGCUUCCCCCCUCUCUAUCUACUUUAGAAUGCGAUUUCACAAUGUCUCGCCUGAUUUUCACACAUUCCCCUUUCUUCUACCUUCCUUCAAUUCCCCUUCCCACUUCUUGUCUGGCCAAAAUAUCCAUUCCCAGAUUCUCCGCUUCGGGUUUGGUUCUGACCCUUUUGUUCAAACUUGUUUGAUUAACAUGUACUGUUUUUGUGGUCAUUUGGGUUGUGCACACCAAGUGUUUGAUGAAAUUGAUGAACCGGAUUUACUGUCGUGGAAUUCGAUGGUGAAUGCGAAUGUGAAGAUGGGGUUGGUUGAUGUGGCGCGGGGGUUGUUUGAUGCAAUGCCGGUUAAGAAUGUUGUUUCUUGGAGUUGUAUGCUUAAUGGGUAUGUUAAGUUUGGGAAGUAUAAGGAGUGUUUGGCGUUGUUUAGGGAAAUGCAGAAGUUGGGGGUGGAUUGUGUGAGGCCUAAUGAGUAUACGAUGUCGGUCUUGUUGUCUGCGUGUGGGAAAUUGGGGGCGCUUGAACAUGGGAAUUGGGUGCAUGCUUAUAUUGAGAGAUGUGGGAUGGUGAUUGAUGAUGUCUUAGGGACUUGUUUGAUUAAUAUGUAUGCGAAAUGUGGGAGGGUUGAUAGGGCGAGAUGGGUUUUUGAUAAUUUGGGUUCGAGUAAGGAUGUGAUCACGUGGAGUGCCAUGAUCUCUGCCUUUGCUAUGCAUGGGCACUCUGCUGAGUCUCUUGCCUUUUUUUCAAGGAUGAUGUGUAGUGGGAUUAAACCUAAUGCUGUUACGUUCUUGGGUGUACUUUAUGCGUGUGUGCAUGGUGGAUUAGUGAAUGAAGGGGAGGCAUAUUUUGAGAAAAUGACUAGGGAGUUUGGUAUUGUCCCUUCAAUCAAUCACUAUGGUUGUAUGGUUGAUCUUUACGGAAGAGCUGGUCUUAUUGACAAAGCAUGGAAUGUUGUUAAUUCAAUGCCAAUGGAGCCAGAUGUUCUUGUAUGGGGUGCUCUUCUAAGUGGGUCUAGAAUAGCUGGGGACAUUAAGACAUGUGAGAUUGCAGGCAAGAAAUUGAUUGAACUAGAACCUACAAAUAGCUCAGCCUAUGUACUUCUGUCAAAUGUGCAUGCCAAGUUGGGUAAUUGGAAGGAUGUCCGGAAUGUACGAGAUCUUAUGGAGACAAAGGGAGUCAAGAAAGUUCCUGGCUGCAGCUUGGUGGAGCUGGAUGGUGUAAUACAUGAGUUUUUUGUUGGAGAUGAGUCUCAUCCAGAGACGAGGGAAAUAUAUAUGAUGCUUCAGGAGAUGAUGAGCAGAUUAAAACUAGAAGGAUAUGUGAGCAACACCGGAGAAGUAUUACUUGAUUUGGAUGAAGAAGCAAAAGAGAAGGCACUUUGGCUUCACAGUGAAAAAUUGGCAAUUGCAUUCGCCAUAUUAAAGACAAGUGCUGGUACACCUAUCCGCAUUGUAAAAAACCUAAGGAUAUGUAGAGAUUGUCAUGUUGCCAUAAAGAUGAUAUCUAAUAUAUAUGGUCGAGAGAUUGUUAUAAGAGAUUGUAACCGCUUUCACCAUUUUACAGAAGGAAUAUGCUCCUGUGGUGAUUAUUGGUAAAGUUAAAAUUAGAAGGUAGUCUUCAAGUUACAAAAAUACCCCUGCAGAUGACUUUAUAAAAAACUAUAAAAUUUAUAGUGGUUACAUGACUA